UGCAGCCUCCUCUUUUUUCUCUCCGUUCUCUCCUUUUCGUUCCUGACCGGACGUUACGUAGGCGCUCGCUCUCUCUCGCUCUCUCUCUCUCUCGCGCACACACCGCGCGCAUCUGCGGGUUUCGGACCUGCGGACGGAGAAACGGAACCCGGGGACCGAGCGCGAGCGGCACGGAGCCCGACCAUGAUGAAGAUGAUGUUGGUGAGUGGAGGUUCUAUCGUUAACGCUGAGGCGGUAUGGGAUCAUGUGACCAUGGCAGACCGCGAGUUGGCCUUUAAGGCCGGUGAUGUCAUCAAAGUGCUGGACUCGUCCAACAGGGACUGGUGGUGGGGGCAGAUCGAUGACGAGGAGGGCUGGUUUCCUGCUAGCUUUGUUCGGGUGGACCCGAACUCCACCCAGCCUCCACCCAAGCAGCAACUUUUAUACAUCAACCCUGUCGUCGCUCCGCUGAAGCUGUGGGCGAAUCAGGAGGAGACGGUGUUGGUGGAUCCAGCAGAGGGUGGUAGUGAGGUUCAGAAUGGCCACGCUGAGGCGAGUCCGAACCCGAGCAGCGACUGUGUGUGUUUGAGCCAAACAGCGCAGAACCGAGACCAGAUGAGGGCGAAUGUCAUCAACGAGAUCAUGAGCACCGAGAGGCACUACAUCAAACACCUAAAGGACAUCUGUGAGGGUUAUCUGAAGCAGUGCAAAAAGAGGAGAGACAUGUUUAACGACGACCAGCUGAAGGUGAUAUUCGGGAACAUCGAGGACAUUUACAGGUUCCAGCUCGGGUUUGUCAGAGAUCUGGAGAAACAGUUCAAUACUGAAGAACCACACCUGAGUGAGAUCGGACCCUGCUUCCUCGAGCAUCAAGAUGGUUUCUGGAUCUAUUCUGAGUACUGCAACAACCACGUAGAUGCAUGUAUGGAGCUCACACGUCUCAUGAGAGAUGGUCGAUACCAGAACUUCUUCGAAGCAUGCCGAUUGGUCCAGCAGAUGAUAGACAUUGCCAUCGAUGGCUUUUUGUUAACUCCGGUCCAGAAGAUUUGCAAAUAUCCACUACAGCUAGCAGAACUGCUGAAAUACACUGUACAAGAGCACAGUGAUUACCGGUACGUUGCUGCAGCGUUGGCUGUUAUGAGAAAUGUAACUCAGCAGAUUAACGAAAGGAAACGAAGACUGGAGAACAUCGACAAAAUCGCUCAGUGGCAGGCCUCCGUACUGGACUGGGAGGGUGAAGAUGUCCUGGAUAGGAGCUCUGAGCUGGUGUACACCGGAGAGCUGUCCUGGAUCUAUCAGCCUUAUGGGAGGAGCCAAACACGUGUCUUCUUCCUGUUUGACCAUCAGAUGGUCAUCUGCAAGAAGGACCUGAUCCGACGUGAUAUCCUUUACUAUAAAGGACGAAUCGAUAUGGACCGCUAUGAGGUCAUGGACGCUAUCGACGGCCGAGACGACGAUUUUAACGUCAGUGUGAAAAACGCCUUCAAACUGAGCAACAAAGACUCGGACGAAAUCCACAUUUUCCUCGCCAAGAAGCUGGAGGAGAAAAUCCGCUGGCUCCGAGCGUUUCAGGAAGAACGCAAGAUGGUGCAGGAAGACGAGAAAAUCGGGUUUGAGAUUUCAGAGUAUCAGAAGCGACAGGCGGCUCUCACGGUGAGGAGAGUAACCAAACAGAAAGGUGUGGGACGGUCGGCUCCGCCCUCCUAUCCUCCCCCUCUCGAUCCUGUGAACCCGGGUCACUUCCUCCUCCCGGAUGGAUACGAGUACGAACCCAAACGCAGCACGUCACCUUUCUGGCACAACAUCAGCCGCUUAGCGCCCUUUAAGAAAUAACCACGGAGUGAAAGCGAUCGUUCAGCCACAGCGACCACCAACAAAAAAAAAAAAACAACAAAAAACAAUUUAAUUUAAUGUAAAAGAAGACGCACUACCCGACGAAAAAAAUCACCACUGAGCGAAAAAACGUGGACCGCGGCGAUUUUCUGCAACAAUCAAACAUAAAAAAAGAAGAAGAAGAAGAAGCACUAUCCUAAUUUUUUUUUUAGGAGGAGAGACUCAACACACACACACACACACGUGCAGCUGGAGAGAAGAAGCUGUACUGGGUUACAGCGCCCCCUGCCAGAUUGGCUGCACUGAAUUAUACGCACAUGACAUAUUACACACUGGAGAAACACACACACACACACACACUGUAAUGGUUAUACACACUUGUGCAUCCUUUUGGAAACCGAACCACAAGCCCUACGUUGCUUCAUCCGAUGGGAUUUUUGAUGUUUUGUUUCCUUUCCUCUUCAAACAAAUGAAGAAUCAUUUCCACAUUUCAAAGAAGAAAAAAAAAGAAACACACACACACAGCUGAUAAAGCACUAACGACUCUCCGCUCUCUAGCGCCGCCCUGGUGUUCCUCCGUGCACUGUGACUAAUCGGGGCAUUUCUGUCUCUCUCUCUCUCUCCGUCUCUCCUUUCUUCUCCUCACAGCUUCAACCCGGUUGAUCCUGCAGUAUCUCUUUGGAUAUGUUUUUUUCCCUUCUUCUGUGUGUGUGCGCGAGUUUCUCCGUGUGUUGCAUUCUUUUAGUUCUGCAUGAAAAUACGAAACGGUCCAAUUACAGGUAUUUUAUAUUCUUACGGGUCAAAGUCAUUAGAAAGAAAGACAUUUUUGUACUGAACAACUGAAAAAAUCUAUAUUUUUCUCCAUGUGAAGGUUCUCGGGCCUCGGAGCAGUGAGUCGAAGCACCAAGAUGUUUCUUCUUCAUCAGUUUUAUCAGUUUAUAUGUGCGGUUGUCAUGGUUACUGCACAGAAAAUGACAGCAACGUCGCAGUAUUUUGACUAAAACUUAACGAUAUAACAAGUCACCAGUAGCAGCGCAGUGGAGCUGAAGAAGCCUCUCAGUCUGGAUUACGCCACACAGUCUUUUUUUUUUGACUUCCUUUGUUUUUUUUGUACGUUUAUUUGACUGUGAUGUUGAAUUCCAUCUUAACAGGACCAACUGGUAUCUGUGUGCUAGCUACGCUACGUGAAAUCGUGAAAUAAAAUAACGUGACAUUACGACUAGCGUGACAGUUACCAUGACAACUCUGUCCACAAAUGUGAAAAAUCUCAGUAUACUGAGUAUCCCUCUAAUAACUCAGAAAUGACUCGUGUUAAUUUAUGCUAAAAUGUUUCUUCCACGCAAGACCUGUUUAAGCCAAAGUGAAAAUCAUUCCCGGAUAAAACUGGACGUAUGUACAAUUCGGAAUUUUGCGAAUAAUUCAAGAUCUCCAACACAUCCAUGUUGAUGGUUAAUAUUGCCCCGGUCCCCGGUUUUUACAAUCGCGGAUGAUUUUUUUUCAUUGUAGAGUGAAACUGAUGAAGCACCGAAACAUCUCUGAGGUUCUAACACAAGCCCACUCUCACAGUUUGGACUCAUUACUACUCGACGUAUAUUUUUUUCCAGUUGUUAAAUACAAUCUGGGACGAACAAUGACAUUAGCAAGCUAAUGUUGAAGUUAACGUUUAGCCAAAAGUGAAAUUGACACAAUUUUCCACUUUGUUUAGCCGAGACACGUUUAGUUUGAAGUUUGCUGUAGUUUUGUGACACAUCUGAUGCUAACAUGGCUAACAAUUGCUUAUUACUUGUAGCUAAAAUGUUAGCAUUGUGCAAGUUACCACACACGGACUGAUGUCGUGACCUAAUGAGAAAAUUGUUCAGAGAAAAAUGAUGUCCAUUUUAUUUUUGGCCAAACUGUUGCUUUGAAACUCUACAACAUGGCAGUUAGCUGCUAAUAUUCUGCGAAUAAACUAGCACCUGAGUUAUCCAAUAAGCUAAUUUUUAAUCUUUAUCUUUAAUCGGUUUCUGAUGAUAUCGAUCUGCACCCCAGACUUUGAUCCAAUUUGAUUGUCUGAUGUUGGUUAUUUAUUAGCUAGCUGGAUUUUUCUGUUGCUAAUCCUUUCUCUGAUAUCGUGCCAAAACAGUUUGAUUGCCAAAUUUUCCCGAAACAGGUGCACUCUUCCCUGUCCAGGUGGAAGCCAGGUAUGUGUCUUCUCAGGCGACCUUUUCAAUUUAUUAAAGUUAACGUUAACUAUGCUAAUGCUGCUAGCGUUAGCGUUUUAGGGAUUGUUUGUUUUUUAAUUUUCCUCAAAAAAUGGACUUGUGCAAGGUUUAAUUUCUGGUAUAUUAAAUUUUUUUGAAAGAUAGUAUUUAGUCCAAAUCACAAUAUUUAAAAGUAUGAAUAUAAAGCAUUAUUUAUUCUAUUAUAAUGUGAUAUUUUUUCCACGUUGAUGCUCUUUCUUGAUUUUGGAAGCAGCUGAAGGACAGGAAGUGGACUAUUAUUAUGAUUAUUAUUGUUAUUAUUGUUAUUCUUAUGAAAAAGAAAGAGAAAGACUUUGAAGUGGGAAAUAAACGAGAAGUGGAUGAAGUUGUGUUGCACCCUAUGUACUAAGUGCCAUAUGAAAAUAAUAUUAGGUUAUGAAAGAAAAUAUCAGUUUAAUGUUUUA